AUGAGAUAUACCGUGACGUCGAAAGUUGCGAAGACGGAGAACGGGCAAUCCACAGCUCCCACAGAGUCGCCAGCCAAGAUCAAGCUCACUGCAGCCGCAACAAUCCUCUUUGCUGCCUCGGCCUUCGCUAGGAUCCACACUUGGUGCCAGUGCUAUGUUGACGAUGCAUUGAACGGCGGCCUUUCCACAACUGCUUGCAACGACUGGUCGGGCAUUUGGCCAAACUCGCAUUGGGAUAGCAAUGCCGGUGCUUGUGCCGACACUCAUACCCACGGUGGCAUUGAUGGCGAUGGAUGGGAGUCCACUUGCCAGAAGGUCGGCGUCAAGGCGCCAUACAAUUUGGAUAUCGGGGCGAUCAGAGGCCACUGCUGGUCGUAA